UCUUGUCGUUUUUGGGAGAUAAAACCCAGAGGUGGCGAUGAAUUUUGCCGCGCAGUUCUUCUACUCCACAGGUUUAAAAAAUGGAUUAUCGCGGGAAGAGAACGAAGAAGAAAACGAAUAUGACCCAUUCUGGCAAAGGUUGGACUAAAUUGCCCUGUUGAUGUAGAACUUUAGAGUGUUGCUUUUCCUCCUCUAAAAAAUUAUGGACAGUCCCACGUUUGCGCCCGCAGCCAGAUCAGUGGCUCUUGCCUCCCGUGGACCCCACCUGCCUUCUUAUAGUGCAGUAGUUCGAACGCUUGUUCGCUUCUUCGUUUUUUUUGUUGUUCUGCUUUAUAGCUCUGGAAAGAUGUUAUUUGCAAAAAAGAGUGGCGAAAGUAAACCCAAGAAGCUAGCGGCAUCUGCCAGCUCUGAAUUACAUUUGCAUAAGGAUCGACAAAAAAGAAACAGCAGGGCUGAGCAAAGGCGAUCGUCCAUCCACCCGGAGAGACUGAAAGGUUUUGGGGAGGAAGAGGAAUUAAACGGGGGAGUGAAGACAUGGGAAAUGAAGAUAAUUAGCCAAGAGGAGGAAAAACUGAAUGAUUCUGCCACCUGCCCAGAGGUGGCCAUUAGCAAACCGAUUUACACGACCUGCAAAAAAAUCCAAGAGAUCAGCGCUGCGGCACUCAAGAUCCAGCAUGGAGUCCUGAAGACCCCUUGCACGUAUUCUAGGCUUUCAAAGCAAUACGGAAUGGAAAUAUAUCUAAAGAAAGAACUUCUUCAGUAUACCGGAACUGCGAAGGAGCGAGGCGUACUUUACCUUUUGAUGUCUUUAAGAGAGGACCAGCAAAGAAACGGCGUGAUUGUGGCCUCAGAUUGCAACUUCUCCAUGGCUGUCGCAUACCACGCCUCGGAGCUGCACAUUCCUGUCUUUGUCAUCAUGUCCGCUUGCACCCUGCCGACCCGAGUGAAGAUGUGCCGCGAGUAUGGUGCCAUGGUCAUUUCCUAUGGUUCUACUGUCAAAGACUCUCACCUGCAUGCCAGGAGACUGGCCCAAGAAAACAACUACUUGUACCUCGAAGAAGAUGAUAGUGCUAUCUAUCUAUCAGGGCUGGGGACCAUGGGUUUGGAAAUCUAUGAACAGGUGCCCAAAUUGGACGCAGUGAUAUUGCCAGCGGGGAUUCCCAGUGGAUUGCUGGCCAGCAACUCUGCGGUCUUGAAACAUCUGAAUCCGCAGGUCUUCGUGGUGGGUGUAGAAUUGGAGAACAUCCCUGUGGAUCAGCAGUCGUUAAAGAUGGGACAACCUGUUGAAGAUCACACUUACAGCCAUCCUCAAUUUUACAGAGAAUUGAAUGGUUUUGGCACCAACUCUUUUCAACUAACAGGGAACUGGGUUGAUAAAGUUGUAACCGUGAGGGAAGAAGACGUCUUGAUUUCUAUGCUGAGGUUGCUGGAAUACGAACAUGUGGCUGUUGACGCAGAAGGAGCCCUUGCGCUGGCUGCCCUCGUGGCUGGGAAACUGCCAGAAUUAAAGGGCAAAAGAGUGGCUGUAGCUGUGAGCAGUGGAAACAUGGAACUCCCUCUGAUGAGGCAGUGCAUGGAUCAAGCCCUUACUCUAGAUAACAGAGUGUGCAAAUUUACUGUCACAACCGUUGACUGCCCAGGAGAGAUUUCAAAGCUACUGGAGACCUUAGCUCGCGAGGAGGCAAGAAUCUUGAACAUCAGACAAGAACAGCCAUAUAUGAGAUCUGAUUUGUUCACCAAUGAGGUGUCCUGUGUGAUAGAAACCAGAGACAGAAGCCAUACUACUCAGUUAAGAAAGAUCCUCACAGAACGUUAUCCAAUGAUAACAUGGGUGGAACGGUGAAGAUGAUGACAGCUGAGGAAGCUCCGUUUUUUAAAAAAAUAAUAAUAUGGAAAGCUAAAUAUAUUGCAAGUAGCAUUUCUUCCUAGAACAGCUUUAUACUUGGCGAUCCAUCAGUGACAGAGUUGACGUAUGUCUCCCCAAGAGGUUGCGAUCUAAAAAGAACAAUCAGUAUGGAGUAAAUAGCUUUUAAGUUUGAUUUAUUUCAUUCAGGAGAGUUUUUGCACAGAUCCAGAAAAGGCGUACAUUAAGCUCCAGUUCAUAAUUCUAUCUCCCUCAGUGUAAGGAGAACCAAUAGAGAUACAGUACAAUAUUACUAUAGAUGUUCUACUUGAUGACAAUUCAUAAUUUCUGGAUCAAUCCAAUAUUGCUACAUCAGUAGCCCAUAAAAAUUACAAGUUAAACGUUUACUAAUCAGUCCAUUCACUGUUAGUUAUUUCUGGCACACAGUCUGGAAAAAAAAAAAAGGACCAAUCUGUCGUCUUCAUCUUUUAGGAGAAUUGAUGAUCUUGCAAAUAUAUAUUUUUUUCUCAAGUCUGAACUGUUUUAAUCUUUUCUUCAUCUAGAUCAUUUUGGGACCUGGCAAGUACUUCGUAUUAGGACCCAAUCUUGCCAUGGCUCCAUUUAAAAUUUUAGGUUUUUAAAGACCAAAGGGCUACAUUUUGGGUUGGAGGUUUCCUUAGGAAGUCUCCUUCCUGGUUUUUGUUUUUGUUUUUUUAAGUAAAAUAUAUUCAGACCACAAAGCAAGUUGAAUUUAUUCAUAGGGAGUCAAAUCACGCAGAAUUUGCCUUGUGUUUCAACCUGGUUGGAAGAGAGAAUGUCCAAGAAGGAAAAUUAAUAAGUAAACCCAUAAAAGUGGCAUUCGCAUGAGGAAUCCCGCAUGUAUGUAUUCUUGGCAAAAAGUUCAGUCACUUGUUAAUCAACUCACGUUUUGUUUCUCAACACAGAAAAGUCACGUUUGGGUAUAAAUUUCCCAAAUCUGCAGAUAUCUGAGUGAAGGCUGAUCCCUCUUUUGUUACUUAGUCGGUGGUAGCAGACAGUUGACGUUCCCAACGCGCGGAGUCAAUUGCAAGACUUGCUGUUUUAUAUUUAUCUAUGUAUGCUGAUUGCAAAGUCACCAAGUCAAUUGCACACAGUCACCUCUUUCUGAACAGUAAAGUCGAUCGCUUGCUCCUUCCUCGUCUGCAUUGUUGAACUUGUCACCAUUUCCAAUUUGUAGAGAGCCUGAAAAAUUGCGUCUUGCCUGAGGCAAUUUAGCAAGCCUCUCUUGACAGCUCUUGAAAUGGUCUGAAGAUCACACUUAUUUGCAUGAGCUGAAGAAUUUCCCCCCCUCCCUUUAAAAAAAAACGAUGUUGGUUACUGCAUUUGGGGGUUCUAAGAAGAUGCAAACUGUGUCCAUUGAAAAUGUUCUCAAGAUUUUAACUUUUUUGUUGUUUUUGGUUUCUUAAAAAGACCUGUAAAAACGAUGUUUUGGAGAUGAACGGGAACUAUAAUGUACUUGUUAGAUUCAUAUUCUGCCUUUUGAAUGGGGUUGCAAGGCAGCAUAGGUAAUUUUUCUUCAUAGCAAUAAUUCUGUCAGAAGGGCUAUCUUGUCAGACGCACUGUAGCUUAGACAGCUCUGGUGAGUCCGUUUAUUAGGGUCAAUGACCCCAAUUCCACUUAAAGAAGAUAGAAAUUAAAUGUUUGACCAAAUAAAAUGAAACAAAUCUGAAUUUGUUUAGCGCUUGCUACGUUUUAUUUCUUUAUGAGAUUUAGAGGCUGCUUGAUUGCAGAACGACUCUGGCCAGCUGGCAUCAAAAAAUUGGAAAAUGAUUCAUUCAAGAAACGAUUGGUUACAGCGGGUUUUUACAAGCAAUGAAACAAGACUCCGCUACCUUCAAAGAAACUAAAUAUGUUGUUGUUAGAUGCGAAGUCGUGUCUGACCGAUCGCGACCCCAUGGACAACAUUCCUCCAGGCCUUCCUGUCCUCUACCAUCCUCUGG